UAUUUCUGCAGUAAAAUGGCAGAAGCCAGAUUUUCUCAGGAUGAGUUCUUGUGUCCGGUGUGUCUGGAUCUCCUGAAGGAUCCAGUGACCAUCCAGUGUGGACACAGUUACUGUAUGAGCUGCAUUACAGACUGCUGGGAUGAAGAGGAUGAGAAGAGAGUCUACAGCUGCCCUCAGUGCAGACAGACCUUCAGUCCAAGACCUGCUUUAUUUAAGAACGUGGUGUUUGCUGAAAUGCUGGAGAAACUGAAGAAGACUAAACUUCAAAAGUUUCCUGCUGGAGCUGGAGAUGUUCAGUGUGACGUCUGUACUGGAAGAAAACACAGAGCCGUCAAGUCCUGUCUGCUGUGUCUGAACUCUUACUGUCAGAAUCACCUCGAACAACAUGAGAGUUUGAAAGGAAAGAGACACAGUUUGAUUGAAGCCACUGGAGGACUGCAGGAGAUGAUCUGCCAGAAACAUGAGAAGCUCCUUGAGGUUUUCUGUCACACUGAUCAGAAGUGUAUAUGUGUGCUGUGUAUGGAUGAACAUAAAAACCACGACACUGUAUCAGCUGCAGCACAGAGGACAGAGAAACAGAAGCAGCUGAAGAAGACACAGAAGACGCUCCAGCAGAGAAUCCAGCAGAGAGAGAAAGAUCUUCAGCAGCUGAGAGAGACUGUGGAGUCUCAUAAGCACUCUGCACAGACAGCAGUGGAGGACAGUGAGAGGAUCUUUACUGAGCUCAUCCGCUCCAUUGAGAGAAGCCGCUCUGAGCUGAUACGACUGAUCAGAGAUCAGGAAAAGACUGCAGUGAGUCGAGCUGAAGAACGACUGGAGCGACUGGAGCAGGAGAUCAAUGAUCUGAGGAGGAGAGACGAUGAGCUGGAGCAGCUUUCACACACACAGCAUCACAUCCAGUUCCUGCAGAGUUUCCAGUCUCUCUCAGCACCUCCCGAAUCUACAGACGUAAAUGAUGAUCUCUUCAGUUCUCUCGUCUCUUCUGAUGCUCUGAGAGAAUCUGUCCAUCAGCUGAGAGACAAACUGGAGGAUUUCUGCAAAGAGGAGCUCAAGAAGAUCUCAGACAGAGUCACACUCACCAACAUUGUUCCCAGAACCAGGAAGGACUUCCUACAAUAUUCCCAUCAGCUCACUCUGGAUCUGAACACAGUGAAUAAAUACCUCCGUCUGUCUAAGAGAAACAGAGUGAUUACUGACACUAACACAGUUCACUCGUAUCCUGAUCAUCCAGACAGAUUUGAUUAUUAUCUUCAGGUGUUGUGUAGAGAGAGUGUGUGUGGACGCUGUUACUGGGAGCUGCAGUGGAGUGCUGGUGAAUCUGGUUUUGUGUUUAUAUCAGUGUCAUAUAAGAGCAUCAGCAGGAAGGGACGGGGUAAUGAGUGUGUGUUUGGACGUAAUGAUCUGUCCUGGAGUUUGCGAUGUUCUUCCUCCAGAUACUCAUUCAGACACAAUAACAUAGAGACUGUUCUCUCUGUGAAGUCCAUCAGCAGUAGAAUAGGAGUGUUUGUGGAUCACAGUGCAGGAACUCUGUCCUUCUACAGCGUCUCUGACACAAUGAGCCUCAUCCACACCGUCCAGACCACAUUCACUCAGACACUCUAUCCUGGGUUUUUGAUUGGUUAUAGAUCAUCAGUGAAACUGUGUUGAUGAAUCAGAAUAGACUGACGAGAGAUUCUACCCAUAAUGCUUUGAGCUGCAUGAUAAAUCAGUAACAGUGUUAUUACUGAGUCUCUUCUUUUCUCUUCAUGAUAUUAAUACUGCAGCUUUACUUCUGUCAGUGAAAUAACAUCAGAAUAAAUGUAAUAAAUCCUCACAUAGACAGAAAGAUCAGUGUGUGUGAGUCCUGCUGAGUGACACUGUGUUUCUGUGCUCUUCACAACCUACAUUUGUGUUAAU